UUAUUAAUUAACAGUGUUAACAAUAUUGGGGAUAUUAAUUAGUUUCUAGGGGAGAAUCUAUAAGUUGGAGUGGCGAUAGGAGCAUAAGAGAUUACUAGUAACGUGUAAGUGUAGCAUUCUUCCUAUUACAACUAGAAAUUAGAAAUUGGAGAGAGAGAGAGAGAGAGAGAGAGAGAUGAACGGUUUAAGAGGUGAAAGAGCUCCUCUCUUGGAAGCUGAGCGCGGCGGAAGGGGAAAGAGGGAUGGAGCUUCAGAGGACCAAGUCUCAGACCUUGAGCACGGUGACGGAGUGCCGGCAGCGAAUGUGGGAUUCUUCAGAGUGUUUUCACUUGCAAAACCAGAGGCUGGAAAUUUGGUGAUUGGUACAGGGGCUUUGUUGAUUGCGGCCACAUCAAGUAUCUUAGUUCAAAAAUAUGGUGGCAAGAUAAUUGACAUUGUGUCAGGAGAUCUAAGAACUCAAGAGCAGAGAGAUGCGGCUUUAAAUGCUGUCAAGAACACCAUUAUAGAGAUCUUUCUAAUUGUGUUUCUUGGUUCAAUUUGCACAGCACUUCGGGCUUGGCUAUUUUCUUCUGCUAGUGAAAGAGUUGUCGCACGGCUAAGAAAGGAUUUGUUCAGUCACCUUGUAAACCAGGAGAUUGCUUUCUUCGAUGUUACUCGAACGGGAGAACUCUUAAGUAGGUUGUCGGAAGAUACACAGAUCAUAAAGAAUGCCGCAACUACCAAUCUUUCUGAGGCCAUGAGGAACCUAGCAACAGCACUUAUGGGUCUCAGCUUCAUGUUUGCAACAUCUUGGAAGUUAACAUUGUUGGCUUUGGCUGUUGUGCCUGUAAUUUCUGUUGCUGUCCGUAAAUUUGGGCGUUUCCUGCGUGAACUAUCUCACAAAACUCAAGCUGCAGCUGCAGUAGCAUCUUCAAUUGCUGAGGAAUCAUUUGGUGCCAUAAGAACAGUAAGAUCUUUUGCCCAAGAAGAUUAUGAAAUUUCACGCUACUCUGAGAAAGUUAGUGAGACACUCAGCCUGGGCCUUAAGCAAGCUAAAGUCGUUGGACUCUUUUCUGGAGGCCUUAAUGCAGCGUCCACACUUUCUGUUAUCGUAGUAGUUAUAUAUGGAGCUAGCUUGACAAUCAAGGGUCACAUGACCUCGGGUGAUCUCACGUCUUUCAUUCUUUAUAGUCUCUCAGUGGGAUCUUCUAUAUCUGGCUUGUCGGGAUUGUAUACAGUAGUUAUGAAAGCUGCAGGUGCUAGCCGAAGGGUAUUUCAACUUUUGGAUCGUGAGUCGUCAAUGCCUAAGCCAGGAAAUAAAUGUCCUCUUGGUGAUCAAGAUGGGGAAGUGGAACUCGAUGAUGUAUGGUUUUCCUAUCCAUCGCGCCCUAAUCACAUGGUGCUCAAGGGCAUUACAAUUAAACUGCUGCCUGGCUCAAAAGUUGCUCUUGUUGGUCCAAGUGGUGGCGGGAAGACAACAAUAGCUAACUUGAUUGAAAGAUUUUAUGACCCAAGCAAAGGAAAGAUUUUGCUGAAUGGGGUUCCUCUGGUAGAAAUAUCUCACAAGCAUUUGCACAGAAAGAUCAGUAUAGUGAGUCAGGAGCCUACAUUGUUCAACUGUUCCAUAGAGGAGAACAUAGCCUAUGGUUUUGACGGCAAAGUCGACGAAGUUGACAUAGAAAAUGCGGCUAAAAUGGCCAAUGCACAUGAAUUUAUAUCAAAGUUCCCAGAGAAAUACAAGACCUUUGUUGGAGAGCGUGGGGUACGGCUUUCGGGAGGGCAGAAACAGAGAAUUGCGAUUGCUAGAGCCCUGCUCAUGGAUCCAAAAAUUCUCCUCCUGGAUGAAGCCACCAGUGCCCUGGAUGCCGAAAGCGAGUACCUAGUGCAGGAUGCCAUGGAUUCUCUAAUGAAGGGAAGAACUGUUCUAGUCAUUGCUCAUAGAUUAUCAACUGUCAAAACUGCCGAUACUGUAGCGGUUAUCUCGGAUGGCCAAGUAGUUGAGAGUGGCACGCACGAUGAGCUUCUCAGCAAGAAUGGUGUCUAUACUGCAUUAGUCAGGAGACAACUGCAGACAGCAAAAACCGAAAAUGUAGUUUAGUUUGUUGAAGCAAAGAUUAUGAUUUAUGAAUGGCCAUUGUUGGUUAUUAAAUACUUUUGAUACAGUAUAGUUCCUUGGUGACACGCAUGACCUUCACAGUUGCAAGUUACAACUUACAACACUAGGUUUCAGCAGAGAAAUUGUGGAUACUGGUCGUUUACUGUUCCCACUGUCUAAAAUGAAAUCUCGCUUCCUGGAUUUUGUAUUUUGUAUCUGUAAUUUAGAUGUUGGAUAGAGUAAAUAUUAAACAGCAACUGAAAAUGUUGAAUCGAAGUGAAAAUUUGAUAGCUAUCUUC